ACUGCAGCAGAAAUGGCAGCUAAUAUUCUGGUAGGAGAGGAUCAGUUUAGUUGUUCAGUGUGUCUGGAGAUACUGAAGAACCCAGUCGCUAUUCCAUGUGGACACAGUUACUGUAUGGUGUGUAUUAAGAACUGCUGGGAUCAGACUGAUCAUACAGGUGUCUACAGCUGCCCCCAGUGCAGAAACACCUUUACCCCAAGGCCUGAUCUGUGCAGAAACACCGUGCUGGCUGAAGUUGUGGAGAAAUUAAAGAAGACAGGAUUUAACCCCCUUCCUGCUCAAAGUUAUGCUAGACCUGGAGAUGUGCCGUGUGAUUUCUGCACUGGGAGAAAGUUCAAAGCUGUGAAAUCCUGUUUGACGUGCCUGGCCUCUUACUGUGAAACACACGUCAAGCCACACAGUGAGGUUACUCCAUUAAAGAGGCACAGGCUGGUCAAUGCAAUUGGAAAUCUGGAGCAGAAGCUUUGUGCUGAACACCAACGAUUAUGUGAGGUCUUCUGUAGAACCGAUCAGAUAUUUAUUUGCUGGCUGUGUGCAGACAAGGAACACAAGAGCCAUGAUACAGUCUCAGCUGAGACAGAAAGGACUGGGAAACAGAAGCAGCUGCGAGAGACACAGACAGAAAUACAACAGAGAAUCCAAGAGAGACUGAAAGAAGUGGAGGAGCUGAAACAGGCUGUGGUGUCAUUGAAAAGAUCUACAUGCAUAGAAAUAAAGGAAAGUGAGAAGAUCUUUACUGAGCUGAUCCGAUCCAUUGAGAAGAUCCACACUGAGGUUAUUCAGCUGAUUGGAGCUCAUGAGAAGGCUGCAGUGAAUCAGGCUGAAGGACUCAUGAAGAAACUGGAGCAGGAGAUUGCUGAGCUAAGGAGGAGAAAUGCUGAGCUGAAACAGCUUUCAGAGACAGAGGAUCACAUCCAUUUUCUACAGAAUUUCCAGUCUCACUGUGCCCAUGAAGCUGGAGAGUUACCCAGUAUUACUGUCAAUACAGACAUCUCUUUUGGGGCUGUGAGGAAAGCUGUGUCUGAACUUAAAGACCAUAUUGAGGACUUCUGCAAGGGGGGAUUAGUCAAAAUAAACAAAACAGUGAAUGAAACAGCAGUUUAUACCCUGGGGUCUAGGAGCAGUGAUAGAUGUUUAAAAGUGAAUGAAGUUGCAGUUUACGGUCUGCAAGCUCCAAAUCCAAGAAACAGAGCUGAGUUUUUAAAAUAUUCCUGUCAGCCCACACUGGACCCCAACACAGCACAUAGAAACCUCUGUCUGUCUGAAGGGAACAGAAAGGUGACACGGAGGGGAGAGACCCAGCGAUGUCCUGAUAAUCCAGAGAGAUUUGACAGUCGGUCCCAAGUGCUUUGCAGAGAGGGUUUGUUUGGGACUCGCUAUUACUGGGAGAUUGAGUGCAGUGGGAGGGGUGCUGAUAUAGGAGUCGCAUAUAAAGGAAUCAGCAGGAAAGGAGUAGAUCGUUCCUGUAUCCUUGGACUCAGUGACAAGUCCUGGAGUUUGUCCUGCUCUGAUUCAAAUUACACUGCCUGGCACAAUAACAAUCAAACUGCAAUAACUGCCCCCCACUCCCCCAGAAUAGGAGUGUAUCUGGACUUUAAUGCCGGCAUUCUGUCCUUUUAUGGCGUCUCUGACACAAUGACCCUCCUGCACAGAUUCCAAACCACAUUCACUGAGCCGCUAUAUCCUGGGGUUUUCGUUUAUCCUAAAUCCACUGCAACAGUCUGCCAGCUGAACUAAACUGUUUUAUGUUGUAAGAAAACCUUUGGGUUGAACUCCCUGCCUGUCCUGUCCACUCCCCGGGUGAAGGGAAUGAGUGAAGGGAAUAUUCAAUCUGGCACAACUUUGGAUGAAAGUUAGGUGGUAAAACAGCACCACCUGCAGUGCGAAACAAGGUGAAUUAUUUGUUUUUAGCAACGAAUGGGUUUCAUAUGAAAUAUGUUGAUUGCCGAUAUGUGAUGCAAAGUAAUACUGUUGAUUAGAAAGAAGUACAUAUCGGCCUAAUAACAAGGAAUAAUACAUUCCCUUGGCAGCCCUCAGUUUAGCGAAUCCAGCUUAUUAAUAUUGCAAUGCGCACGGGUAAGCGCCUAAUAAUUUUUCAUGGCUGGCUAUGACCCCGUGUGUGUGUGUGUAUAUAUAUAUAUAAUACAUUUAUAGUCAAAAGUCUACAUACUUUAGUUUACAAAAAGUUUGCUGCAAAAGAUUUUUCCUAUAAUAAUUUGUUUGAGAAAUUUCUAGAAAUGAUAAAUUUCCAUUGGGGUAUAUAAACUUUUGACUACAACUGUGCAUAUAUAAUAGUUUUAAAGUAUUAACAGUUUUAAGCAAAAUACUUAGUAAAUUAUCCAACUUUUAGUGUUUACAUCACUGUUGCUAAACAUUGCAACAAUAACACGCGUCAGUAUCUGUGGAUAUGAUGUGCAUUGCAUUAUGGGUAGCGUAUUACUUUGGGAUACAGUCAGAGCUCUUUGUAAAAGGCACAGUCUGUUAACCAGGUGUUAUUGGAAAUGAGAAUGUGUUCUGAAGGGUGUUACUUGUAAAGAAAAUGAACGAUUGAUUCGUAUUUCAGCUGAAUUUUUAGUAAUUGCCAGG